AUGGUUAUGCAGUUUCCAGAGUUAGAAAAUCCAGGUCAAAUUAGUCCUUGUCACAGCUGCACGUCGUUGGGAUUUGCCAUGGAAAUGAUGACCAUGAAGCCUGCUAAAGGUGUACUAACAGAACAAGCAGCAGGUCCUCUGGGACAGAAUCUAGAAGUGGAACCAUACUCACAAUACAACAACAUUCAGUUUCCCCAAGUUCAACCACAGAUUUCCUCAUCUUCCUAUUAUUCCAACCUGGGUUUCUAUCCCCAGCAGCCUGAAGAGUGGUACUCUCCUGGAAUAUAUGAACUCAGGCGAAUGCCUGCUGAGCCUCUCUACCAGGAAGAGACUGAGGUAGUGGAGAUUCCUGUGACAAAGAAGGCCCGACUGGGUGCAUCAGCAGGGAGAAUAAAAGGGGAUGAGCUAUGUGUUGUUUGUGGAGACAGAGCAUCUGGUUACCACUAUAAUGCACUGACCUGUGAGGGGUGCAAAGGUUUCUUCAGGAGAAGCAUUACCAAAAAUGCUGUGUACAAGUGUAAAAACGGGGGCAACUGUGUGAUGGACAUGUACAUGCGAAGAAAGUGCCAAGAGUGUCGACUAAGGAAAUGCAAAGAGAUGGGAAUGUUGGCUGAAUGCUUGUUGACUGACAUUCAGUGUAAAUCUAAAAGACUGAGGAAAAACGUGAAGCAGCACGCAGAUCAGACCAUUAAUGAAGACAGUGAAGGACGUGACUUGCGACAAGUGACCUCGACAACUAAGUCAUGCAGGGAGAAAACUGAACUCACCCCAGAUCAACAGAAUCUUCUUCAUUAUAUUAUGGAUUCAUACAGCAAGCAGAGGAUGCCUCAGGAAAUAACAAAUAAAAUUUUAAAAGAAGAAUUCAGUGCAGAAGAAAAUUUUCUCAUUUUAACUGAAAUGGCUACCAGUCAUGUACAGAUUCUCGUAGAAUUCACAAAAAAACUGCCAGGGUUUCAGGCAUUGGACCAUGAAGAUCAGAUUGCUUUGCUGAAAGGGUCUGCAGUUGAAGCUAUGUUUCUCCGUUCAGCUGAGAUUUUCAGUAAGAAACUUCCAGCUGGACAUGCUGACCUAUUGGAAGAGAGAAUUCGAAAGAGCGGUAUCUCUGAUGAAUAUAUAACGCCUAUGUUUAGUUUUUAUAAAAGUGUUGCAGAAUUGAAAAUGACUCAAGAAGAGUAUGCUCUGCUUACAGCAAUUGUUAUUCUCUCGCCAGACAGACAAUACAUAAAGGACAGAGAGGCAGUAGAGAAGCUUCAGGAACCACUGCUUGAUGUGCUACAAAAGUUGUGUAAGAUUCAUCAGCCUGAAAAUCCUCAACAUUUUGCUUGUCUUCUGGGUCGCCUGACUGAGUUGCGGACAUUCAACCAUCACCACGCAGAGAUGCUUAUGUCAUGGAGGGUGAAUGACCACAAGUUUACCCCGCUUCUCUGUGAAAUCUGGGAUGUGCAGUGAUGGGCAUUGCAGGGGCAGGGUCUAGCUCUUCAUUUUCCUCAUAAUAU